UCAACAUUUCUAUAUAGCUGAUCAUCGGAAAAUGCUGCAGCAAAUGUAGACGAGUUGAUUCUGCGUUUCACAUUCUGCAUCAAUAACGUGAAACGUGGUGAGACGAACACAGUAGAAAGCAUGCAGGAGAAUCUUUUCCUUAUAAAUAUUGGAAAAAAUGCAAAAUCUACGUAUUGAUUAACGUCCGGGAAAAUAAAGUUCUAACGAACCCUAAUAAGCAUUUUUGUCGCACAAAACGUAAUCGAAGUAUCGCGUAGGAAUUAUACAGUUAGAAAAUCGUUAACAAGUUUGGCGUAGUUUAUUCAUUGUUUGGGAAAAUCCUGUUUCUAAAAGUAACUUGCAGAUAAAAAAUAAAAUGGUAGUACUUAGCAAUUUUCUCGCACCACAAGAGGGUAUUCGUCACGAGGAACCAAAUACUACCGUGUGUAUUAAUGAUAGAGAAAUUGGCAAAGGAAUUCUGUAUAUUACAGAAAGCUUACUUUCUUGGGUGAAUUAUGAUACACAGCAAGGAUUUUCACUUGAAUAUCCUCAUAUAUCUUUACAUGCUAUAUCACGAGAUGAACAGGUACACCCCAGGCAAUGUUUGUACAUUAUGGUUGAUGCAAAAGUAGAUCUACCAGAUGUACCAGUACCACCGGCUUCUGAUAGUGGCUCAGAGAAUGAAUUUGAAGAUGCGGAUACACCUAUCACGGAGAUGCGGUUCGUCCCUGACAACACGAACAAUUUAGAGACAAUGUUUCAAGCGAUGAAUCAAUGCCAGGCUCUUCACCCUGACCCACAAGACAGUUUUUCUGACGCUGAAGAGGAUAUUUAUGAGGACGCAGAAGAAGAUGACUUCGAACAUUUUGAAGUUGGUGCUGGUGAUGCUCCCUACAUUUUACCAACAGAACAAAUAGGAACCACUCACAAUGGUACAGAAGCAGACGAUGCCAUGGAGAUAGAAGCGGGUCAAUUUGAAGAUGCGGAGGAAGAUCUAUAAAGUAUUGGAAUAAUUUAAUGCAGACAUGCGUUUAGUAUUAAUUUAUAAUAACCAGUAUCAUAUAAUAUGAUAGAUAUGUGAUAUUACGACAGACUGUAUAACAGAGCUGUAUCAAACAUAAAAACACCUAACAUUUAUUUAUA